UGGAGGGCGCAGUAACGGUCGAUAACGGCCGUACGGAGGCGCCAGGGACAGCAGCGGAGGGAAACAUUAUCUUGAACAAUCCAAAGAAAAGAAAUGCGCUGUCGCUGUCCAUGCUGCAGUCGCUUCGGGAGGACCUGCUACRUGACGUUAAAAGCAAAGAUCUCAGAGUUAUCAUCAUUUCAGCUGAAGGACCCAUAUUUUGUUCUGGUCAUGACCUGAAGGAACUGUCAAGUGAAGAGGAUGUGAAGCAUCAUUCCAAAGUGUUUGAACUUUGUGCAGAGGUUAUGACCUUAAUCCAGAAACUUCCAGUACCUGUGAUUGCCAAAGUCAAUGGCUUGGCUACAGCAGCAGGUUGUCAGCUCGUGGCCAGCUGUGACAUUGCAGUGGCAAGUGAGAAAUCUCAGUUUGCUACUCCUGGAGUGAACAUCGGGCUGUUUUGCUCCACCCCAGCUGUGGCCUUGGGCAGGUCUCUUCCAAGAAAGGUGGCAUUAGAGAUGCUUUUCACGGGUGAACCUAUUUCUGCCCAAGAAGCAUUAAUGCACGGGCUUGUCAGCAAGGUGGUGCCAGAAGACAAGCUAGAAGAAGAGACCAUGAAAAUCUCUCACAAGAUAUGCAAAAGCAGCAAGUCUGUCCUGGCACUGGGGAAAGCCACCUUUUACAGACAGAUGACACAGGACCUUGACACUGCUUACAGAAUGACUGCCCAGGUCAUGGUAGACAAUUUGACUUUGAGAGAUGGGCAGGAAGGCAUCAAAGCCUUUAUUCAGAAACGGAAGCCCGUCUGGUCACAUUCUCUGGACCAGAAGAAAUGAAUCCUGUUUCURAGCUCGGCUUAGCUGCACUUCAUGAUUCUCCACACAGUUGCCUUUGAGAACUAUAAUUUUGCUGUUACUGAAAGUAAAACUUCU